AAUCCACUGGCGGCGGCAUAGGCUAGAGUCUAGUUUUAGCACAGUCUACUGAGUCUACUCUACUCGUGUGUACUCGUGAACUCGUAAACAAGAAAAGUCAACUGCUAUGUGUGCCGUUAUUACUCAGAGAACGUAACUAAUAUUUCAGCCAAGAUGAGCAGUAGUUCUACUUCCAAGGAAGGACCAUCUACCAAGCGGUACCGAAGGGAAGAGGACGACAACAGCUCAGAUUCAGAUGACAACUACGUGCCGUACGUCCCAGUAAAAGAAAGGAAAAAGCAGCAGCUGUUAAAAUUGGGAAGACUUGGGCAGCUGAAAGAUGAGGGCAAAGCAAAAUCUUCGAGUGAAAAUGAAAAUGAAAAUGACGAAGAAGAUGGUCAAGUUUGGGGCAGGAAAUCAAAUAUAAGUUUACUUGACCAACACACAGAGCUUAAAAAACUUGCUGAAGCCAAGAAAGAAAGUGCUAUGGAAAGGCAACUGAAAGAAGAAGAGCGUAUUUUGGAGAGUGUUGCUGAAAGCAAAGCUCUCAUGGGUGUUGCUGAGCUCGCCAAAGGUAUCCAGUAUGAAGAUCCGAUUAAGACUAGCUGGCGUCCUCCUCGUCCUUUCCUUCGCAUGUCAGAAAGGCGCCAUGAACGAGUGCGCAAGAAGUUGCACAUUCUUGUGGAAGGUGAUGGGGUACCUCCGCCCUUGAAGCAUUUUGAAGAAAUGAAACUUCAUCGUGGUAUCUUUCAAGGACUAUCUGGCAAAGGGAUCACCCGGCCCACUCCUAUUCAAGUUCAAGGAAUCCCAACAGUGUUAUCUGGCAGAGACAUGAUAGGUAUUGCCUUUACUGGCAGUGGUAAAACACUGGUCUUUGUGCUGCCCCUAUUGAUGUUUACAAUUGAACAAGAAACUAAAAUGCCAUUUAUUCGUCUUGAAGGGCCAUACGGACUUAUUAUUUGCCCUUCAAGAGAAUUGGCAAAGCAGACACACGACAUCAUCAUGUACUACGCCAAGCACAUGCAGCAGUGCGGUGCUCCUGAAAUACGUUGCUGUCUAGCCAUAGGUGGUGUUCCCGUUUCAGAGUCCCUGGAUGUUAUUAACAGAGGAGUACACAUUAUGGUUGCCACACCUGGAAGACUCAUGGAUAUGCUAGAUAAGAAAAUGGUCCGCUUGGAUGUGUGCAGGUAUCUUUGCAUGGAUGAAGCUGACAGAAUGAUUGACAUGGGGUUUGAAGAGGAUGUCAGAACUAUCUUUUCUUUCUUUAAGGGCCAACGACAAACACUUUUGUUUUCUGCCACAAUGCCAAAGAAAAUUCAGAAUUUUGCUCGUUCAGCACUUGUGAAGCCAGUUACAAUCAAUGUUGGCAGAGCUGGUGCAGCCUCUCUGAAUGUAGUACAGGAAGUCGAGUAUGUCAAACAAGAAGCCAAGGUCGUUUAUCUUCUUGAAUGUCUUCAGAAGACCCCUCCCCCGGUGCUAGUGUUUGCUGAGAAAAAGCAAGAUGUGGAUGCUAUUCAUGAGUAUCUGUUACUCAAAGGUGUUGAAGCUGUAGCUAUUCAUGGAGGAAAAGAUCAGGAAGAACGGUCCAGAUCAGUUGAGGCUUUCCGCAAAGGUGAAAAAGAUGUACUUGUUGCUACUGAUGUAGCUUCCAAAGGUCUUGAUUUUAAUGAGAUCCAACAUGUCAUUAAUUAUGACAUGCCCGAUGAUGUUGAGAAUUAUGUUCAUCGUAUCGGAAGAACUGGUCGAUCAGGAAAAACUGGUAUUGCUACAACCUUCAUCAACAAAGCAAAUGAUGAGUCAGUGCUGCUCGAUCUCAAACAUCUUCUUCUCGAGGCAAAGCAGAAAGUACCCCCAUUCCUGGCUGCAUUGCAGUCCGACAAUGAGAAAUAUCUGGACCUUGGAGAUGAAAGAGGUUGCAGUUACUGUGGAGGUUUGGGUCACAGAAUCACAGACUGUCCGAAAUUGGAAGCUAUUCAAAGCAAGCAAGCUUCAAACAUUGGACGCCGAGAUUAUUUGGCUAGUAAUGCGGCUGACUGGUAAAACUUUGUGCAAUCGCCAAAUUAAAAAGGAAGUUUUCUAAUGGGGCUGCAAAACCCCGUUUCCUGAGUUCCUCAACAGACACCAUUGCUCUUCCAUCAGCAUCAGUAACGCUUGAAAGUGACCUGCAAAUCAAAUUGUCAAAUUAGAACAUUCGUCCUAUAGAAUAUAUGUGCAUCAAGCAUUUUUUUUUUUUAGUUUUAAUUUCUCUUGUGACUUUUCUUAAAAUUUUAAUGAUUAAAUGUACUUUGAUGCUCCAUUGA